UUUUUUUCUGAUAAGUUACUAUUUUUGUGUAGUUGUCUUGUUGGAAGGAGUUGAUGUGUGGUUGUCGGCAGAAGGAUGCGCUUGCCCCCGGGCCAUGUUCAUGCCAGAAGCGCCCCUGUCAGUGCUUGGUCCAGCAGGACGCAGUUAUAUAUUUAGACAGCAGAGGAGUGAUAACAUUUCAGAGUUGGCCUGCAGGCUCAGUCAGCCGCCUCCCACUCUGGAAACUUUAAACCAGACAGACCUGCACGCCUCAGAGUAACAAUUAAACUUCAUGAGUUCAUGAGACUCCCCCCCUUCUGCUUUUCCUCAUCUGGUCGGAUCCAGUCGGGUGGAAAAGCGGGCGUCCUGGUGCGAAAUAAUCGGUGUGAGUUAAUGAGGCGGAGAUGCAGGAGGACAACCCCAGACACGCUCCUCUGCGGCCAGGACAGGUGCUCCACUGGUGAGCCGGCAGAGGACGGGACGGGCAGCCAGGGAAGGAGGUAAACAGCGGACUCUCUUCGCCAUGGAUCAGGGUCAGAGCGCGCAGGUCGCCGAUAUGGCGGGGGAACACGCAGCCGCGGUGUGCGCGUCCGAGCGCGGCGAGGUGUCCAGCCCCAGCCCGCCGGCCAAGCAGCGCUCCCUGCGGGUUGUUUACGUCCUGAACGACGGGCUGAAGGCGGUUAUGGCCAGCAGCCCGGAGUCCGGGGCGCUGCAGUGCCUGCAGAGAGCCUGCGACGCGGAGAGCGCCCUGCUCACCACCGUCACCUUCGGACGGCUGGACUUUGGAGAGACGGCGGUGCUGGACAGCUUCUACGAUGCAGACAUUGCGGUCGUUGAUAUGAGCGACGUGUUUCGGCAGCCGUCGCUGUUUUACCACCUGGGCGUGAGGGAAAGCUUCGACAUGGCCAACAACGUCAUCCUGUACCACGACACCGACCCGGACACGGCCCAGUCGCUGAAGGACAUGGUUGCACAGAAAAAUACAGCCAGUCGUCCUCCAGUAUUAGGCUUCCCUUGGAUUCAGCUGCCUCCAGAAUAUCGAGGCUCUGGACUGAGAAAUAAAGCUUCCAGCGGUAAUUACUAUUUCAUCCCGUACAUUGUGACUCCUAACCAUGAGUAUAUGUGCUGUGAGAGCGAUGCACAGCGCAGGGCUAGCGAGUACAUGCAGCCCAGCUGGGACAACUUGUUGGGGCCGCUGUGCGUCCCCUUGACAGACCGCUUCACCAGCCUCCUGAAGGACAUCCAUGUGACAUCAUGCGCAUCUUUUAAGGACACCUUGCUGAAUGACAUCAGGAAAGCCAGGGAGAAGUACCAGGGAGAGGAGCUGGCCAAGGAGCUGGCCCGAAUCAAACUCAGGAUGGACAACACUGAGGUCCUAACGCAGGACAUCGUCAUGAACCUGCUGUUUUCCUACAGAGACAUACAGGAUUAUGAUGCUAUGGUUAAGCUUGUGGAGACUCUAGAGACGCUGCCUACUUGUGAUCUGGCAACCCAACCGAUGAUCCAGUUCCACUACGCCUUUGCUCUCAAUAGGAGGAACAGUCCUGGAGACCGGGAGCAGGCUCUCAGAGUGAUGCUCCAGGUGCUGCAGACGAGCGAACAUCCCGCCCCGGACAUGUUCUGCCUCUGUGGUCGGAUCUACAAGGACAUUUUCCUCGACUCGGACUGCAAAGACACAGUAAACAGAGAUAAUGCCAUACAGUGGUACAGGAAGGGCUUUGAACUGCAGCCCACUCUCUACUCUGGCAUUAACCUGGCUGUCCUGCUCAUCGUCGCUGGCCAGCAGUUUGAGAGCUCCAUUGAACUGAGGAAAAUAGGUGUGAGAUUAAACAGCCUGCUGGGGCGUAAAGGUUCCCUGGAGAAAAUGAACAACUACUGGGACGUGGGCCAGUUCUUCACUGUUAGCAUGCUAGCUAGCGAUAUUCCCAAAGCGACUCAAGCGGCUGAGAAGCUGUUCAAACUGAAGCCACCGCUAUGGUAUUUGCGGUCAGUGGUGCAGAACCUGCAGCUGAUCCAGAGGUUUAAAAAGCAGGCGGUGGAGCAUUCCCCCCAGAGAGAACGACUCGACUUCUGGAUGGACAUCAUCGUGGAGGCGACUCAGGGAACCACCAAGAGGCUGCGGUUUCCUGUUUUGAUUUUGGAGCCAACUAAAGUUUACCAGCCUUCCUAUGUGUCCAUAAACAACGAAGCUGAAGAGAAGCAUGUUUCCAUCUGGCACGUCUCUCCUGUUGAGAGCAAGGGAAUCCAUGAGUGGAACUUCACUGCAACGUCCAUUAAAGGCAUUAGUAUUAGCAAAUUUGACGAGCGCUGCUGCUUCCUUUACGUCCAUGACAACUCUGACGACUUCCAGAUCUAUUUCUCCACCGAGGAGCAGUGCGGUCGGUUCUGCUCCCUGGUGAAAGAGAUGAUCUCUGAUGGUACAGGGAACGCUGUGGAGCUGGAAGGAGAGGGGGAUGGAGACACGCUGGAGUACGAGUACGACACGGACGAGAACGGAGACCGGGUGGUGCUGGGCCGGGGCACCUAUGGGGUGGUGUACGCUGGGAGAGACCUGAGCAACCAGGUCCGGAUCGCUAUUAAAGAGAUCCCUGAAAGAGACAGCAGGUACUCGCAGCCACUUCACGAAGAAAUCGCCCUUCACAAGUACCUGAAGCACAGGAACAUCGUUCAGUAUCUGGGCUCGGUUUCUGAGAACGGAUACAUCAAGAUCUUCAUGGAACAGGUGCCUGGAGGAAGCUUGUCUGCUCUGCUGAGGUCGAAAUGGGGACCUUUGAAAGAAGCGACGAUCAUCUUCUACACCAGGCAGAUCCUGGAGGGGCUGCGAUACCUGCAUGAGAACCAGAUUGUCCACAGAGAUAUAAAGGGAGACAAUGUGCUGGUGAACACCUACAGCGGCGUCUUGAAGAUCUCUGACUUUGGAACCUCGAAACGCUUGGCUGGAGUAAAUCCCUGCACAGAAACGUUUACAGGUACUCUGCAGUACAUGGCUCCAGAGAUCAUCGAUAAGGGCCCUCGAGGCUACGGCGCCCCCGCUGACAUCUGGUCUCUGGGAUGCACCAUCAUAGAAAUGGCCACUGGGAAACCUCCGUUCCACGAGCUCGGAGAGCCGCAGGCAGCCAUGUUUAAGGUGGGAAUGUUUAAAAUCCACCCAGAGAUUCCCGAAUCUCUGUCCCUGGAAGCAAAGUCCUUCAUCCUGCGCUGCUUUGAGCCCGAUCCUAACAAGAGGCCCAUCGCUGCCGAUCUGCUCAGGGACAUUUUCCUCAGGCAAACCACGAAGGGCAAGAAAAGCAAAAUCGCCUUCAAACCAUCAGACUACAUCCACAGCGUUUCCAUUCCAGCGCAGCAGCAGGGCGAAGCCGCCGGCAGCAGCAGCAGCGAACACGGCUCUGUGAGUCCGGACUGCGACUCCAAACAUGACGUUUUCUUCCAGAGGAAGAGAACCUCUGGCUCUGAAAACCUCAAAACCUCCAGCUCCAACUACCUGAGCGUCCCAGACGAGAGUUCGGUCUCAGAGGACCGCAGCGUCCCGCCCUCGCCGGAGGACAGGGACAGCGGCCUCUUCCUCCUGAAGAAGGACAGCGAGAGGCGAGCUAUUCUCUACAAGGUCCUGAAUGACGACCAGGAGAAGGUCAUCUCCAACCUGAAGGAAAACCACAUCCAGGGCAGCGAGGAGCUGCUGCUCUCCAUGGAGCACAUCAAGCAGAUCAUCUGCAUCCUGCGGGACUUUAUCCACUCCCCUGAAAGACGCGUCAUGGCGGCCACCAUCUCCAAACUCAAACUGGAUCUGGACUUCGACUCCAACUCCAUCAACCAGAUCCAGCUGGUGCUUUUUGGCUUUCAGGACUCGGUGAACAAGGUUCUGCGAAAUCAUCACAUCAAACCUCACUGGAUGUUUGCCAUGGAUAACAUCAUCCGCAGAGCCGUGCAGGCAGCCAUCACCAUCCUCAUUCCAGAGCUGCAGACCCACUUUGGGCCAGCCUCGGAGUGUGAGGGGGCGGAGAAGGACGACGAGGUGGACGAAGAGGAGGCCGUGUUCGGUCCCGUUUUAGCUCCAGCCUCGGACGACCCGGGCACCACGCCGGACCCCGUCCUGAGCAGCACCAACACGCUGAACUCCAGCCACACCCAGGAGCAUCAGCGCUCGCACGCUCCGCUCGGCGCCCAGCUGGGGCGGCUCAAGCAGGAGACCAACAGACAGCAAACACGCCCAGAAGCAGCUCAGUCAUGAGAUGCAGUGUGACGCACACAGCCGGCCCAAGGCAUACGUGAGCUAAGCAGCUGUUUAGCGCCCCAACACAAUGAGGGGGCCUCCCAAAAGCGUCAUUUCAUUUUACUUUGUAGUGAUAAACUGCAUGUUUUCCACAUUUUUAUCACCGAAUUUUACAAACAAGUUAUUAAACUUGCUAACUUGUUUACUGUAAAUUCAGUGUCUGUGUAGGCCUGUCCCAAUAAGCAAUACAUCGAUUAAUCGCUUGAUCCAUUUGCAUGAUUUACCGUGCAGAUGUGUGUCUGUGUCUGGUAAAUUUUUGGUUAAAGCCCAUCCUCCUUCAGCUGCAUCAUUUUAUGCACCAGGACACAAAUAUUUGUCUUUUCCAGUUUCGCAAACAAGAUUCAUGAGUUUUUAGUUGUGUUGGAGAACGGGAAAAACUUCCUAGGAAUGUUUUUAAUUACGUCUUGGUACAUUAAAAACCUGAAAUUGAGUGCAUCGAGUAUCAACGUGGUAUUUGGAAUAACGACAAAAACAACAAAGAUUGUAUCCUUUAAACACUAUGACAACUUUGUAAUGAAAGAGGACAGUUUUGAUUUCGUCAGGAUGUGCAGAAGGUAUAAUUAACAUGUCAGCACCAUAAGGUGGCAGGAAGAACUAAAAAUGUUUCUCCUGUUCUGACUGACGCGACGCCGACGGAGAGAACCAGAAACUUUUCCCCCCAGGACUUUUAGAAAC